GCUAAUCCGCCGGUUCAAACCAUAAACUGGCGGUUUGAACCGGAGGUUUGCGGUUUGAGUUUGUGUCGGUUUCGGUUCGAACCGUAUCCGCCGGUUCAUAAACCGUCGAACCGGCGGUUCGAACCGACGGUUCGAAACCGAAUGGGCAAGUCUACUCCUCCUCCUUUUCACUUCACGUCUUCACCUAGCCUGCUGCCCUGCUUCGCUGUGUCUGUGGCUCUACACCCGGUCUGCAAUUCCCAAAUUUAAAACCCUAAAUCCCUACCCAAUUUCAGAUCACGCUCCCAUUCCACCACACACUCGGCGGCGGCGGAUCUUCGGCGAUUGACGGCGAGGACAACCGCCGCGGCGAGGGAAACUUCGGCGGCGAGGGAAAUUUAUUGCUUUAAUGUUGCAGCAAAUUUAAAAAUUCAUGAAAUUAGGUGAUGUUGGCAAUCAAUCGCUGCCUCAAAACCCUAAAUCCCCAAUUUCAAAACCCUAGCUUUUACUUGUCUGCGUCUCUUCUCCACAAUCCGACGUCCAGGAAUCCUUCAUUUCGCACUCCUGCAAUUCAGUUAGUCCUUAAUGAAGCACGAGUAUUCCCGCCGUCUAAGCCUCUAUCCAAUUUUGUGGCCCGGGAAGAGGAAGAAGAAACGUUUUCUCGGAAUGAAGAGAGAGCUUACAAUGUCCAGAUUUCGCACCCUUGGCCGGAAUGGGCGGAUUUGAUGGAGAAACUGUUGAGAAAUGGGUAUUUCGAUGGAAAUGGAAAUCCUUUUGCGCAUGGUGGAGAAUUGGGCAAUAAAGACGCGAAUUGUAUCCGUACUGCUUGCUUGAAUUUUGCACGCGACCAGUAUCAACUCAUAAGAUGUUUGUGCCGAAAGGAUAUCUCGGCAAUUGUGGAGCUUGGAUGUCCAAGCACCGAUAGGAAAGUUGUUAACUCAGGGAAGCGUCUGAGAGCUCAUGUAGGAAUCGAUGAAGGAAAUGUUUGUAGCUCGUGCAUCUUGAGGGGUGAUUGUGAUAGAGCAUAUGUGAAGGCCCGUGAGGACGAAGGGGGUAGAACUGUGGACGUCAUGCGUAUUUUGGUGGCGUACGGUCUUGAUCCUGUUGUGGGCUCCGUGGACAACGGGCCUUGCCUGAACAAGAGGGUUAAUGAAUCUGUUAGAACAUUGUUGAAAGAAAUGGUGGACUAUAGUGUCGAGGGAUGUGAUCUUGAACCAGUGAAAGACACUGCUAGCCAGUCAAAACUAUCCUCGGAAAGGCAUAUUGUUGAUCUGGACAAGAGUUGGGUUAAUGAUCAAAUGAAGCAAGGGGAUUGGAUUUGCCCCAAAUGCAAUUUCCUAAACUUUGCGCGAAACUUCAAGUGCCUGCGCUGCGAUACAUUCUGUGAGGAAAGGGUUAAAAGAGCAUCCGAAGAGCAGGAGCAUCUACCAUUGAAGAAAGGAGACUGGAUAUGCAACAAAUGCAAGUUUUUGAACUUUGCAAGGAACACGCGAUGCUUGCAGUGCAGGGAGAACCCUCCGAAGCGCCAACUUAAUCCUGGCGAGUGGGAAUGCGAUUCGUGUAACUACGUCAAUUUUAGGCGGAACAUGGUUUGUCUAAAAUGCGAUCAUCGAAGACCGGUUGCUUCUAACAUUGAAAAUAUGGGACCUCAACCUCGGACAGGUAAUUUGAGGAAUCAUCGGAUGCACCAUCCUAGGUUCGAGGAGCAAAGAAGCUCAAGCCCGUUGGAUCAGGACAUGGGUUUCGUGGAUUUCCCCAUGGCAAGAGGUAAGAGUGAGUUGUCGCGUAAUUUGGAGAGGCAACAGCAAUGGAGAAUGGAAAUGGAGAAGAAAAGCAGGACUGCAAGAAGAGAGGCUGACGACUCCAGGAUGCCUGGAAGAAUCGAAUUUCUUGCAACCGGCGAUAAUGAUGAUGAUGAAGACGAUGAUGAAAUAUCUGAAUGGUUCGAGGGUGGGAAGAAACCAUGACCAUCAACCUUAGAUCCUCAGCUCUUACAGCCAUUUCGUCGCACCUUGACAUGUUGCCAUGAAAAAUUAUGUGAGUAAUUCCGUGAGUAAAUUAUUUUACAGAAUGUUUUCGUCGCAAAUAAGGAAGUCAACUUGUGUUUGGUUGACUUCUCCUCACCGAAAUUCUCAUGGAUUUGAUCCUGUGAGCAAUUUAAUCACAUAAAUAAUUCGGUGAGUAAUUUGUGUGUAAAUUGCAGACGAAAUAAACAAAUUCCGUGACUAAUCGAUUUAGUCACGGAAUUAAUCUUUUUUUUC